AUCGACUCGAUCAGGCUCGGUGAACAGCUGAUUCUCUGCAUGUAUUUUAUGAAUUAAUAGGGCACAUGAUAAAACGUGGAUAGUGAUAUUUUGUUGACAGAAAAGUACUUUAUGCGUAUAAAUAGAAUGAUAUCGAAUGUCAUUUACGUUUAGUGUCAUGUAUCUAUGAUAAGGUUCAAGUAUUAGAAAUAAUUAGUGGAUGGUACUGUGAGAGGUUAAUGUAGAACUUACCAACAUCGGACAAAUGUAUUAUAUGUAUUUCUAGUAUCUUACUCUUUUAUCCUUAACAGUAUUAAACUAUCAUAAAUCGAUACGUGUAGUAAAACAUUGUUUAAAACACAAUGGGACAAGAUAAAACUUUAGAGACCAAUGGUAUUUUGUCUGAAACUGAAAAUCGUAAUACGAUACAGAAAUCUGAUGUUCCCUUUGCUCAAGCUAUGGUAGAUGAAAAAAGGUACAAAUGUACUUACAUUGGCUGCAAUGCAGCUUUUGUUAGACCAAACCGAUUGGCUAGACACAUAAGAUUCCAUACUGGAGAGAGAAAUUAUAUUUGCACUUAUGCAGGAUGUGAUAAAGCCUACACCAAUUCUUCUCACUUAAAACGUCAUAUGGAAACUCAUUGUUUGACAAAGAAAAUGUAUCAAUGUCCCGAAUGUCCAUCGGUUGUUAGUAAUCUACAUAAUUUAAAGCGUCAUUAUAACUUGAUGCACGGUGAUCAUGGUAAAUUGACUUGCACAGAAUGCGGUCAGACUUUCACGAAAAAAUAUCACCUUGCGACACAUAUGAUAACGCAUACCGGAGUAAAACAUAAAUGUGAUCAAUGUAAUAGAAGCUUUACAAAUAUUAGAACAUUUAAGAGACAUAAGGAAAAUCAUGUGACUAGAAAAAAAAGAUAUUCUUGCACCGUGUCAGGAUGUUCUGAAAUUUUUGAAAAAUGGUUACUUCUUUGUGCCCAUUUAAAAACACAGCACGUAAUAUAUUAUCGGUGCAAGGAUUGUGAUAAAGUAUUUUUAAGUAAAUAUCAUUUAAAAGUUCAUUCUCAGGUGCACAUAGAAAAUAGAUCAGUAAUACCUUGUCCGUACGACAAGUGCCCACGAGUUUAUUAUUUUAAAAAAAACUUAGAUUUUCAUAUAAAAAUUAACCAUCUUGGACUAAAAUAUCAGUGCGAUAUAUGCAAAGUAGAAAUUUCAUCGAAAUUCAGAUUAUCAGAGCACAUUCAGAAAUUCCAUAUGUCAGAGGAAAGGAUAAAAAGAACGAAAAAAUUACAGCGCAAGAAAAGAAAAGAUGCUGGAUCGCAUAAAAAGAGUGCGGUAUCCGCGUUGGUUGGAGUUAAUUUACCACCAAAAUUAGAAAAAGUAGUAUUAAAAAGAAAGGAAAAUAUUGUAUGUUUA